AAAGGAGGGGUUUGGUGGAGGCAGAUAUGAAGUGUUGGGGUUAUGAAUUUGGGUUCAGAAAAUCACCAACCUACAGCUAAAUUAACAAACUACAAUUCACUUACCAAACCCAGAGCAAUUACCCACCUCCAUAAUAUUCCUAUACCAAACUAUAUUUAUUGGACAUAUCAAAUGCCCAAUAGGAAACACCACCAUAGCUAUAACUUUCUCUCUCACUCCCCUCCCCCAACUCACUGAGCAACAUACACUGCACACAGUGCCUGACACAAAUUAAUAAUCCUCACAGCCCACAGAUACUGUUGCUUUCCUUCUGAAAAGACCCAGAAUGAGAAAUCAUAUAGUCUGAGGCAAAAAAGCUACUUUCGAACAUGGAGUUAUGGAUUAGGAUGAGCAGAGAAAGUACAUGCUUUCAUCAACAUUCCAUCCACUGAUGCUUUCACGGUUUGAGAAAGUAAAGCAACGAAAGAUCCAGGCUAAUUCGACUUCUAGAUAGCCAUAUGUCCAACUUGAUCUGGAAAUAAGCCCAAGUGGGUGGUAGUGUUGUUAGCCAAAAAGUAAUGUGCUUCAAGAACCAAUUGGGGUAUUGAUAGGCGGGCCUCAUAGUCUCUGUUCAAUAUUUUUUGGGUGUUGGGUUCAUUCACAGUUCUUUAGUGAUACCAACCGAGUAGUGCUGAUCUGCUGUUACCCAGCUCUAUCAUGGGUGGUGACCUGAGGUGGGAGUUUAGGAGGAAGGACAAUGGCGAUGAGUCUUCAAGUGAUGAAUCUAAAUCAAGUAGUGAGGCGGCUCACGAGAAGCAUAAACUGGUUUCCUCUUUGAGUUCGGUUGAAAAUGAUGAAGAAAUUGGAACUCAUAGAGUCAAGCAGAAUGUCACGAGCAAUCCUCAUACUGAGGUUAAAAUUAUGUCUGGGAAAGGCAAAAAUGUGCACUCACAAAGGAGUGGAAAGGAAAGUUCAAUUCAUGAUGGCACAGAGAGGGAUUCUCAUGAAGAAGGCAGUAGAAAAAAGAGUAAAACCAGUGUUUAUGAGCCUGCUGCCAUGGAUGAGAUUAAGAGAUUCAUGGAGUCCUUAUUAGAGGAUCUUAAAGUGACAAGAGAAAAUUUGUUUUCAUGGAUGAGGCAGGAAAUGCAAAGAUUGGUGACAGAUGAUACUCUUCCACCUCUUGAACGGAGAGAACAAAGUUUUGGAGCGAAAAAUCUCCUAGUGCAACAUGGAGAAAUCGUUGAGAACACCACCUCCAAGGAGAAUAGACAAGUGAACAAAAGAAAGUUUGAAGAGAAUAUUCAGAUUCGUCAUCAAAAUAACUAUCCAGAACAUCUUUCGGUGCCGCAUGAAACCAACUUUGAGGAUAAUGUAUUUGCACGACAUCAUAACAACUUAAAGGAGACAAUCCAAGUGCAGCAUCAGAACAACUCCGAAGAGGCAGAUGUUCAAGUGCAAUGUCGAAGCAACUUUGAAUCUGGCAUGAGAGCUCAAAAAUGUAAUAUUGGAUCUUUGGAGGGUACUGCUAGAAGCAAUCAAGCAAGUGGUUAUGAUAAUGGCUAUCGAGUACUUGGAAAACAAGUUGAUAAUGGCCGAGACACUAGAUCCUUGAUACCAAGGGAAAAGUUUGGUUCAUUUGUCAAGCCAAAUUUUCAGUCCUGUUCCACAGAAAUUAAUGUCCAGAGGCAGCAUCAGACAAACUAUCUAUUAGGCAUAAGACCUCCAAAUUACAAUUGCAGAUCUUUGGAGAGUCCUUUGAAAGGCAAAGAGAGAGCUCAAUCUAAUAAUUGCCAUCCAUGGAUCGAACAUCAAGUUGAUUGUGUUCGAGAUGCAACAGGUCCAUCAUCUGAAAUAGAACCAUCAUCUGAAAUAGAAAGAGGAGCGAGGUUGACAGUACCAGUCGAGUCAAGUUUUUCUUCCAAUGUUUCCAGUCAGGUAGCUUCUUCCAUGUAUUUGACAUUACCCUCUGUGUUAACUAGGCCCUAUGGUGAGGACCCUAUCCUUGGCACUUCUUCAUAUAGUUAUAUUCAACCAACAGUUGCCGGAAACAGAUUAGGCAUGAACUAUGAGAAAGCAAACACAAUGCUCAAAGUAAAUGCUCAUUAUGGAAACUUUACAGGCAUGAGUCACCAAGUAAGAAAUGGAAGCAUUGCUCAAACAGGGUCCCAAAAUGUGAGUUAUAGUGAUAGGCAAAGCAUCCCUAGUUCAAGUAUUGGAACUGGGUUCCCGGUUGCACUUCAUCAAGGUAUGGAUUUUGGUGUUAGCUUUCCAAGCCAAGCAAGUAUCGAAUAUCUUCCUCGAGAUGAAAAGAACAUAAGGGGUUUGAGGAUGAAUGAAGGAGCCAAAAUGUUCUCCGGAGGAAGCUAUGCUGUACCUGAAGACUAUGUUUCCAACAAUUUUUUCAGUCGUUCUAUUAGUAAACCUCAAGGUACACUUCAAGCAUUUCAAAAAGAAAACCUUGAAAAGGGCAAUAUGUUCCCAAAGUAGUACAAGUUAUAAGAGGUUUGAAAAAUGGACAGGAUUCAAACUUGUGUUAUAGAAUGCUUUUGUAGUAACCAAAUGGUGCUUUCUCUACUUGGUUGUUCCAAAGCAUGAAAUAGUCAAGUGCAAUUUCUCCUGCCCUUUUUGAUGUCUUUGAUCAUUUUGAUAUUUAGAUCAAAUUUUCCUUGGUUUUCUCGAUGAAAAGCUUAGAAUAGAUUGCCUUUCCCAAUCUCAUUGUAGAAGUCUUCUUGACAAGUGGAUGUUGAUAUUUGUUGCUGAGAAUCUGAGAUAAUAGAAUAGUGGGUUGUGAAUUCUUUUUUAAGAUUUGGACAUGAUUUGAUAGUGACAGUAUUCCUGUUACUUCUUUGUCAAACUGUAACUAUUGAUCUGUUCUGUACUUCUGUGAAUCUUGAAAUUCCCUCCCUACAA